AAAAUAUCAAUUCGCCCACCAUUUUUAUUUUUAUUUUGUCGACUUACGUUCAAGAUAUCGAAAUAGAUUUGCCUUACUUUUUCCCUUUCUUCGCUUACCUUAAGCUUUUUACGUAAUAGUUGCGUUUAAGCACGAUCGACAUCGUAUACAGCAGCGCCUGAGCUGUUACAGUUUGAUAUUUUUAGUUUGGCGGUAUUUGGCAGGGGCUUCUUUUAUUAUACCUUCAGUAUUAGAUUAAUCCUAGAGCGUAUCGUUUUUGCGUUAGUGAGGAAGGUCACCGUUGUCGCGAAGUGCGAUCGAAAGAAUGCAAUGUUCGCUUCUUCAGCGUUAUCUUCGUAUUCGCGUUUACGCGCUGCGUACGACGACGAUGAGCACCGCCGCCAAUCGGCGUGGAAGCAACAACAACGCGCGUCUGCUAGAAGAAUUUCUGGAUCCGGCGCGGACACCUCGUCAUCAUCCACAACUCCAACUGCGUCUCGACGAAAUCGUUACGCGCGAUCUUCAACAACGAGCGUUACCCAAAUGCUGACGGACUCGUGUUCGAGCCUGUUGCAAAGACUCGCCACUAAAGUCCGAGGACCAUCGGCAACAACGGAACGAAUUACUAGUAACAAUACCGCCUUAUCAUUGCCAAAUACCAAAUCAAAUAACUUCGCCUCGACCACCCGCACUAAAAUUCCCGACGAUAAAUACUCGCGCUUUCUAGACAGAAUUUAUGGUAAAAUAAAGGAUCCAGAGCGAACCAUAGAACCGUCAAUCGGAAGAACUCUAACCAAAAGUGCCACAACCGGGAAUGUCUUGCUAUCAGAGAAAGCUUAUCCCUAUGUUGGACAUAUUAGUCGAGACAAAACUCCGUACAAAGGUGAUAGUAAAUUAUCUCAAUAUCGUCUAAACAACAAUUACCCCGAACCUUCCUACACUUACCUGGAUCGCGAUUCCGCCUACAGAGUUCGACAUAGAUCAAACCAUUCCGAAUUAAGACCCCGUCGGUCGUCCAAACCGCAACGGACGGGAAAAAGUGAAGUUUCUGAAAGGAGAACUUCGACUAAUCUUAACUUAAAACUUUGUCCAGUAGAAAUACCCUCCAUCGAUGAUGCUCCCUCGUCCUCCACAUCCUGUCACAAAACGACCCUUGCGCCAUCACGUAACGCUAAUGGAGAUAAGGAUGACGAAACGACUCCGACUCCUACGGUAUCCGAAAGAGAGGAAAAACGAAAAGAGAUACAAAGUUUGAUUAUGAAAUAUUCCGUAUUAGACGAGGUUUACAAUCGAACUGGUGCCGCCGGCGGAAUACAGCCAAUUCCGAGCGUGACGUCGAGUAUUGCACAGAAAUAUCAGUCAAGAUUGGCACCGGCUAGCUCGCGUGCACCUUCCGUGGAAGACGACGAAGAGGGCCAUCUCAUUUACCGAUCGGGAGACAUUCUUCAAGACCGAUAUAAAAUUCUCGGCACUCUCGGAGAGGGUACUUUUGGUAAAGUCGUAAAAGUAAAAGAUGUUGAAAUGGAUCACAACAUGGCACUGAAAAUCAUUAAGAACGUCGAGAAGUAUAGAGAAGCUGCUAAACUUGAAAUACACGUUUUGGAAAAAAUUGGUGAACGUGAUCCUGACAGCACAUUCCUUUGUGUGCGCAUGUUGGAUUGGUUUGACUACCAUGGACAUAUGUGUAUUGCAUUUCAAAUGUUGGGCCUUAGUGUUUUCGAUUUUCUAAAAGACAACAACUACCAUCCAUAUCCGUUAGAACAAGUAAGACAUAUUGGAUACCAAUUGUGUUUUUCUGUGAAAUUUCUGCACGAGAAUAACUUAACUCACACAGAUCUAAAGCCUGAAAACAUCUUAUUUGUAGAUGCCGAUUUUGAAACAACGAAUGUUUAUAGUAAUAAGAGAUUGCGUGAGGUGAAGAGAGUGAAGCGAACUGAUGUUAGGCUAAUUGAUUUUGGUAGUGCAACAUUUGAUCACGAACACCAUAGUACUAUUGUAUCAACAAGGCAUUAUCGUGCACCUGAAGUGAUAUUAGAAUUAGGUUGGUCGCAGCCAUGUGACGUAUGGUCAAUUGGCUGCAUUUUAUUUGAAUUAUAUCUCGGCGUAACAUUAUUUCAAACGCACGACAACCGAGAACAUUUGGCUAUGAUGCAAAGGAUUCUUGGCGAAAUACCCAUACGAAUGGCAAGAAAAACUAAGACAAAAUAUUUUCACCGAGGCAAAUUAGAUUGGGAUGAGAAAAGUUCGGCAGGUCGAUACGUUCGAAAUAAUUGUAAACCUCUAAUGAGGUAUAGACAAAGCGAAGAAAGCGACCAUAUGCAGUUGUUUAAUCUAAUCUUACGAAUGCUAGAAUAUGAACCUUUGCAGAGGAUUACUCUACGAGAAGCUCUUGCACAUCCAUUUUUCGAUAAAAUACCGGCGCAUCUUCGACUUGGAGAUCCACAAGGUUCGGUCGACAUUAGACGAGAACGUAGUCUUUCAAUUUCCCGAUGAAAGUGGUAGUACCAAGUUUUGUUAUCGCCUUAUUUAUUUGACUAAUUAAGACGUCCGAUUAUAUUCUUAGUUAAUGAAAUCUACGUGAAAAUAAUGCAAAUUUGCGAAUCUUGAUCGUGCGUGGGUAAAUUUUAUAUGCGCAAUUUCUUAUUUAUUAUGUCGUGAGAAUACGUUUGAAAGACAUCACAAAUUAUGUUACCCAAGACUGCUUAGCGCAAGUUAAAAUUUGUAACACGAGAAUUAUAAAAAAUUCUUAAUUGUAUAAUAAUUUUCACAUCCUGUUGUAAAAUAUAAGUUGUAAAAAUAGAAGAAAUUCGUUAGAUUAUAAGAAUUUAGUUUUGUAUAA